AUGGGAAACGGCGUAUGGGGGCGCGUCAGAGCGAUGUACGAUGCUCGUUUGGGUGCCGGGCCGGCGGACGGGUCGAAUGCUAGGAUCGCUAUUGCGGUUCGAAUAAUUGCCGCGUGUUAUCGAGCGACAGUUUCGCUGAGAUUGGAUGCGACGCGGCAUCGUUAUGCCGUGAGUCCUGAAACGGCAGGGGCGACUCAUUUGGCCCUCGACGAGUGUGGAACCCCUGUGGUGGACAGGAAUUUCGAUGGACGCAUUGUAGCGUCCCCGAAGUCCUGUGAUACAUCUCCGUCAACCCUCGACAUGUCCGAAGGACUUGUACGGCUUGAUGAAGGAGUGUUGGAACAAGGACGAGCUUGGGAGGCCGCCUUUCAAGGAAAUCCAUAUGUUUCUCCGCCGGAUGACUCUGAAUUAUCACAAUGACUGAUGAGGAGCAAACUUUUCUUCACGCACCGCGGAUGGGUCCAAUCGGAGGCUGCUGAAACGCAGAGGCCACCGUGGCUCUGCGUUAAGUCGCCGAACCCUGUGCUGUCAGGAUGGCUGUCGUAUUUUGUUACCACUGUCCACGACCUCUGUCUCACGGAUUCGAUUCCUGCUAGUGAUCUAGAGUUGAGAUAUUUGUGCUGUUCUAGUGCGUGAUUGACCGGAAUAACUUUGUUUUCGCUGUGGACCAGCCGAGCUUUGAGUGACAAAUCUGGUUGCACAAUAUUAUUAUAAUACGGCGUUGACCCUAAAAAUUGCAGUAAUCCUGGAGUGCUGUAGCUGACCUUGAUGACAUGAAAGAGGUUUACUGUGUGUGACUGAACCGAACUGAACACUAGCUAAUAGGAACGUACAGUAUUACCUCAAUAUAAUGCCAAACUUAUCUGAUGUCAGAGGAAAUCAGCACUGAUGAAAAUGUUGCAAUAUGAUACCGACGCUACUUGAUUAAAUGCAUGGAACCUCUGUAGAUGUGGAAGAUGGGAGUGGAGCGAGAUGAGCUAUCGUCGUCCGUCUUGUGUGGUCCUCUUAUUAUGAAGAAACUUGUGUUCCGCUAUAACUGAGAGGGGUACGACGAAAGUCCGCGCUAUUUUUUAAAUAAUUUUGUGGCCUUAUUUUUCUCUUGAAUAGGCAAAUUUAAAAUUGUUUCGGUUUCUUUGAUGAUUAAUGGUAUGCAAAAUGAAAAUAGCUGUUAGUGAAAAACAAAUAUUGAAAGUGAAACUUUCUUUUUUUAUCUCGCGCGAAUAAAUUAUGGCUAUUCGUUGUUCGCUAAAAUCAAUCGCUUUGUUUUUGUUGGUCGCACAUGUGGUGGUCGGUCAUGUACUGUAACAGCAGCGAGAUAUUUCCGCGUCUUACCUUCGAGCUGUUUUUACCGGAAAGUGCGGUUUUCUGACCUAUAGUCCCGUGCUUGGAAUUCUUGAGUCUGGAUUUUCUAAAAUGUACUCGAGGCUUUUAGGGAUAUUGCUCCCUUUCUCGAGGUAUAAGGCGCGUUUACGCUUAUUUCGACGGCGAUAGAUUUUUAUUUUAAUUUUCCGGGGCAUUUCGUCGACUCCCGCAGUCUCUCAGAGUUUUCUGACGAAGUUAUAUGGAAAUCGAUCGAGGUAUGCGGAUGUUCCAGCAGAGGAAUGUACAAUGCGUAAACCUUGUUGUACGGCUGUCACAAAGGAGUUUGAAGUGAGUGUUCAAAAACGUGAGAUUUUUUUUCUCAUGUUUCGCGAGCUCGAGGUAGAGUUUUGCUGCGAGCUCUGGAAACGUGAUAUUGAUGACUUGUUAUUUUUUUUAUAAAACAUUCUUGAUGUUCAUUGUCUGUCGAUGUGAAUUUUCGAAAUGGGGUUGAUCCUGUGACGUCGACACUGUCGAUUGCAUCUCGCUGUUCUCAGAUAUUCACUUUUUCGAUAGUUGGGAUUGCUGGUCUAAUCCAAAUCUGUAGUUAGCAGUUGCGGGCUGUGGCCCCUCAGAGGUUGACCAAAUCGAUCGUUUAGUGAAGAAAUCCCCGCAAGUUCGCUGAUGAACUAUUCGGAAGACCCUCGUUUUAUCGCUGAGAAAAAAUUGUUUGUGUCGGACGGAAGGUAAAAAGGUGUUCCUUCGUGUUUUUCCA